GAACACCAACUCCUCAACAUAUAUCUCUACCUUUCACGCUCUUUAUGCUACGUGGCCAAGAUCUACCAGUCGGCUCGAAACCUGGGUGGGAGCUGCCACAGGGGGAGAGCAAUAACGACGAGCAUUCAGAGUUGAAGAGUGUUGCUGCUAGCCUUGUAGUCGUAAAUUCGUUGAAAAAAUCGCGUGAAACCUGGCUGUCUUCGAUAUUCCCCAAAUUCUCGAGCAAGGCGCGUGGAGGGAAGCCGUCCGUCGAGGCAUCACCUCCUGCUCAUAUACUCAAGCCUCUAGGAAAAUGCGAUCUUGAAAUUGGGCCACACGUGUUUCCCGGUACAGCGAUGUAUGAAGCGCAGUACUUGCGGAGUGCUCUCGCAGCUACAAAAUCAUCGUACCCAGCAACCUCGUACUCUCCUGUCGGUACAUGGCCAGCAGCUGUUGUCCAAUAUGGAUCCACGGCAUAUACGCCUUACGGUCAGUACGCAUUGCCUUCACCCGCUGCAUCGACGCCUGUGACAGCCGCACCUUCGCCGCUUAACCCGCAUGCACUGCAAAGAGCAUCUACGCCUCUCGUCUCGUCUUUUGCAAUAGACACACCCAUCACACCAUCUCUUGUCAGCCAAGUCAAUACAGCGGCUGCAACGAACCCUAUCCUUGCCAACCUUCUUCAGCUAGCUGCAUCUGGGCAUGCUUCUCCAGAGCAACUCAAGACACUGGGACUAUUGGUAACAUCCCUCAAUAAUAUGUCGACUCUGAACGCGUCUACCUCCUCAAAUAAUACAUCUUCCUCGCCGCUCAUUCCGAGCGCGCAACCUUUAGCCUCAGUUAUCCCCUCGCCAGGACCUUUCACUGCUGCGCCUCCGAAUUACAGAUACCAACCGUACGGAUAUUCCACUGCACAACCCCUUCUUUCCCCCGCCCCUCAACAACCUGUUCGCGAAUCUGACAUCGUCCUCGAGUUUCGUGAGAAACCUUUCGAUCGGUGGAUCAUCCCUAGAGGACCCACCGUUUUAGAACGGAAGCCAACUAGUGGACCUCUGACAGAAAUUCUCUUGUCGACUGUCGUUCCGUUUCCCAAAGUUGACUUCACCAAUGACGGAACGGAUUCUUCUUCGCAGAAUGCAAAGGAUGAACCCACGACCGAUAUUCCGCCCGAAGUCGUCACGUUUCGUCUGAAGAAAGUACAUCAGAUGACUUGGGACGGGCUGACACGAUGGGCAGGUGACGCAGAAAAAGUGACUGCUAGUAGGAAGACCUUGGCUAGUAUCAAAGCGCCCGAACGAGUUUACUUACAACACCAAGUGUCAUCAGGAGAUCUACUCACGCAACUCCAAGCUGAUGCUGCCCCACCCUAUGCCAUGAAACCGCUUAAACCCAGUCAUAGCUAUAAACCUCGUGCAAAGCGACAAUCGACUCGUAGAAAGGACCAAGCGGAGCAGGAUAAAAUAGCUCCCAAACGACGGAAGCCCGCACAAUCUAAACCGACCAUCCCAUCAAAGCCAAUCGCCUGCAUCUCAUGUGGUCAAACUGAUGUUCCUCUCAUGAUAGGCGGACGUUUCUGUAGAACAUGCGUUGACCAAGGUAGACAUCAGAUGAUGGUGGCCACAGCCGCAGGAAGCGUGUCGAUGACUCGUACUGACCCUCAACAUCUGGCGGUGGUGCCAAACACCAUACCCUCGGCGCUUCCCAGUGAGAGACCAGCGAACAUGUCGACUAUACAUGCCCAUUCACCUUUGGCUACGAGCACCCCUGUAUUAUUAGUGCCUGGGGAUGCCCAAUCCCAGCCAUCAGUGCAGUGAUUAUAAUUAUGUGAUUCUACUACUGAUAAUACC